AGAAGAAUAAAAGUAGAAAGAAAAGGACAAGCGUGAAGUGCUUCUCAGAUAAAACCCUUUGUUUGAUUACUGCAUCCCUCUCUCUCACAUUAUCUCUCCCCGACUCCCUCUAGUGAGAGAAACAUUCGCAGAGUUGAAAAUGGCUCUGCGCACCGUUUCUUCACUACAAUGAAUAAACGUUUCUUCUCUCUAGAAGAUGGCUCUUGGCGACGAUGCAUCACACCAAUCUCCCUCGCUCCUCGAUGCCCUUUUAUGUGAAGAGCGAGACACUUUCGAGGGGGAUUUUGAUGAGAACGGUGAUGAGUGUGAGACCAAUAACAAUGACCCAUCUGCGAGAAAGCCGCAAUCUUUACCCUUGGUUUUGCUGGACAAUGACCUGUUCUGGGAAGAUGAAGAGCUUGUGUCUUUAAUCUCGAAAGAGGGAGAGACCCAUUUGUGUUCUCUCAGUGUCAUUGCUGAUGGGCCCUUGGAAGGGCCUCGUGUGGAGGCUGUGAACUGGAUUUCCAAAGUGUGUGGACAUUAUGGGUUCUCUUGUUUGACCAUUGUUCUUGCUGUUAACUACUUUGAUAGGUUCAUUACAAGUUUGAGGUUUCAGAGGGACAAACCAUGGAUGACACAGCUCACUGCCGUGGCUUGUUUGUCCCUUGCUGCCAAGACGGAAGAGACCCAUGUGCCGCUUCUUUUGGACCUUCAAGUGGAGGAGUCAAGGUUUGUGUUUGAAGCAAAGACUAUUCAGAGAAUGGAGUUGUUGGUGUUGUCUACUCUUAAAUGGAGGAUGCAUCCGGUGACCCCAAUUUCCUUCUUUGAACACAUUGUGAGAAGGCUUGGUUUGAAGAGCCGUAUGCAUUGGGAGUUCCUAUGGCGAUGUGAGCGGGUUCUUCUCAAUGUCAUUGCAGAUUUGAGGGUUAUGAGUUAUCUUCCUUCUACAUUGGCCGCUGCUACAAUGAUCCAUGUUAUUAAAGAGAUUGAACCAUUUAAUGAGACCGAGUAUAUUGAUCAGCUUCUGGGUUUACUGAAGAUUAGUGAGGAACAAGUGAACCAGUGCUACAAACUCAUGCAGAAACUAUUAGGUUGCUAUGAAGGCAUUUACAGCCUUCACCAGAAACGCAAGCGUCUAUCUGUACCGGGUAGCCCUGGUGGUGUCAUUGAUGCAUCUUUCAGUUGUGAUAGCUCCAAUGAUUCAUGGGCUGUGUCAUCAUCGGGCUCACUUUUGCCGGAGCCUCUGCUUAAGAGGAGAAGAGCUCAGGACCAGCAAAUGAGAUUGCCUUCUGUUAAUCGUGUGUCAAUUGAUGUUCUUAAUAGCCCUCGUUAAUAUUGAUCUUAGUAUUUGCUUCAAAUGUGGUAGCUUUCUUUCUCAUAAAUCUGGCAGUUAUGUUAUCAAUACACAACUAAAUUAUGUUCUUAGUUAUAGACAAUUUCUAGCCAAAAUUUGAAAAUUGAUGAGGCGGAGACUGAGAUUCCCUCCUCCACUUUGUCGUUUGAGGUGGAAAAGGGAUCUGAUACUGAGUAGAAAUAUGAGUUAUAAACUUGUAAUUCUACCUGAGUUAUAUUUUCGGUGCAGUUUUUACUUGUCUUGAGAUAUUUGUCAAUAAGCACAAUCAAGAAAUUUCCUUUGCUUAUCAUCUGCCAAUGUGCGGAUCUCUCCCCUGUUUAUG